AUGGUUGCCUGCAGCUCUACUAUUACUCCUCGGUCUUCUUUCAAAGGAAGUCAAGACUUUCCUCAAAAGCAACGAGCACCUGUCAAACUCAGAUAUAUUUUUGCCAGUUGCAAGUCACCACUCCCAGUGGAUAUAGGGAAGGGUGUGAAUUCACAAGCUACAACACCCCUACCUCCACCACCACCACCACUUCAAAAAGCCAAAUCGUUUUUUACGGAUCCCGAUGUCUCAUUUGAGGAGUCCGCUGAAGGCUUGGGUCUUCACAUUCCUUCACCCAAAAAGCCCAUGUCUCGACCAAAACCCCGAUUGAAACAUCAGACUGCUCGGACCCCUCUCGGUGUAUAUAUUAGGACAGAAGAAUGCAACAGUGCAAGAAGGCUUUCUUCAAGAGCUCCAUCAAGUCGCUCAGUCAAUUCACCAUAUUCCGUUGUAAGUGGACUUGAAACUCCAACACGCACUGGGAGUUGUAAAACUCUUGAAGUUCCAAUUACGGAUGCCAUCGACCUUAAUAGCUCAGAUGAUGAUAUUGCCAGUGUGUCGCACAAUAAACUGUCUUCAGAGGAACGUCUUGCCAAAGAGAUCGAAGAAGACGAAACUCCUCCACCAAAAAGGAACAUCCCUCUAUCGCAACUUUCCCAACAAAAAAGUAAACGAGGCUCCAAAGAGCAAGUUUUUAUCUCUGCAAUUUCCCAAAAGCAUGCAGGAGCCUCACAAUCUGAAAAAGAGACUCCUUUGUCUCAUGCCUCUACUUCCAGGGUUGUGGGCCGAUGUCGGAGUAAAACGGCUCCUACAGUUAAAACAACCCCGAUUAUUAUUGAGAGAGGUGGCAAGUUUAAUGUACCCAAGAACAAAACGCCCCAGUCUACCUCCAUGACUGAGAAAGCGAGAGAGCAUAACUGGAGGAAAUCACCAGCAAUCACUUCAAAUUCGAAUCCUCUCAAUGAAGUCUUUACUCGUAAAGGCGAUGUUUAUGAUUUGGAAGAAAGCAGUGAACUUGAGGAACCAGCUCCCAAACAACCAAACCUUGAAACCUUCGAAAAAUUCGUCGAGGAAAACAAAUUGGAGAUGUUGCCUAAAAAUCAACGUCGUCGAUUACACAUGGGGGAUUCGAAUAAUGAAGCGGGUUUGGUUAAGGAAAUCACCAAGGUACUUGGUAAGGAAGCUUCACUACCUCUCACUCGUAACAGAAUUAGAGGAAGAAAUGCUGCUCCAAGUAAUGAAAAAGCUAGGGCUAGUAAAAAUAAUGGCAACGACAAGCGCAUUGCAGAAGUUUCAUUCAGUCUUCAGAAUGAUAGUCAAGAUGCACUUUUGAAGCCUUCUACCACUAAGGAAUUUGAGCAUAUUGCCAAGAAUGAUGAGCGACCAAUCGGCUUAACUCGAAGCGGCAAGCGAUUUAGUCAAUCUCCAGUCAAUGAAGGAGAGGGAACCUCUUCGAAGAAGGCGAAAGGAAAACCACCGACUUUGAGUGGUAGAGAUAAAAGAAGAUCCAGGUCUACUAGCAAGAAGAAGGAAGUAGAUGAGGCCAACGAAAAUGAAAUUUUGGCAGGCAGUACUGAUAUUAUCCAAUCACUGCGACUAUCUCAAGAGAAAACACCGACACCAGCACGUGCGCAAAUUGGAUUUAAUGCUUCACAGGAAGAUCUUCUUGCUGAUUUGUCACCAAUCCAUACGCCGAAAGAUGCCCAGGCCAUAUCCCAAUCACAAGAACAAAAUCGUGUCUUAAAUCAGUGCCCCUCAGCAAAGAACACAGCUUUUAUUUUGGAGAGUGUCCGUUCUCUUCAUCCGGGUCCCGAAAAGAUUGAUGCUUCUAAACUUAUUUCCGAAGUUUUUCCAAAGCAAACGCCGAAAAGGGCGGCUAUUGCGCCAUUAGCACAGCUCCAAGAAAGACUAUACUUUCUUCGGGCAACUCCUGAGCGGGCAAGAUCUUCAAAUGCAUCCCCCGAUGUGCAGCGGCUUCCGUUCUCUGUACCGAAAAUUCCCACUCCUAUUAUCGAAGCAGAAAAGGAGUCGUCUUCUAAAAGCAUGGAAGUUUUGCCUAGGAAGUUCAAAGGCUAG